ACUCAUGAAUCAAGGUGUUUUGACACAGGCUGUACCCCUUCCUGCAGCUCGUCCCCCCGCGGAGUGGCCAGGCUGCGGCGGGCGCCGGAAGGGGGCGCACCUCUCGCCUUUCCCCAAUGUGUCGGGCAGCCCCGCCUCCCCGCUCGGUUUCCGGGAGUCGGCGGCGAUGGCGUCAUCACCGAGUGCCGGGCCGACAGCAGCGCAGACGUUGUCUAUGUGACCGGGCAACAUGCUGAGCCGGCUUCAGGAACUGCGCAAGGAGGAGGAGACGCUGCUGCGGUUGAAGGCAGCCCUGCACGACCAGCUGAACCGCCUCAAGGUUGAAGAAUUAGCCCUCCAAUCAAUGAUCAGUUCUAGAAGAGGGGAUGAGAUGCUGUCUUCUCACACUGUACCUGAACAGUCACAUGAUAUGUUGGUGCAUGUAGACAAUGAAGCAUCAAUCAACCAAACGACCCUGGAGCUGAGCACAAAGAGUCAUGUGAUGGAAGAGGAGGAGGAGGAAGAGGAAGAAGAAUCAGAUUCCUAAAGGAGGGGGAAAGCCAGGCUGGUCAGUUAUACAAAUUGCAUUUCUAAGUCUCAGGCUACUUCUCCUCAAGGAAAUCAUCUUGCCCUGGGCCCUGUGAUGUGCUUGAAAGGAAAGCAAGAACUAUAAGGAGGAUGUGUAGUUGCAAAAAUGGCUACAUCAGUAACUCAAGCUUCAGAAUGUUAUGACAUACAGAAAAUCAAAGAUGCUGUGUCUUAGCAUUGAGCAAUAUGGGUGGUGCUGUCUGUAAUCUGGUCAGAUUCGGUUAACUGUUCAAAACAAAAUUUCCUCUGAAAUACUGCUGAGAAAGUCUGGCAUUUGCAAAAAGAGCAGAAUUUAAAUACAAGCCAGUCUUUCCAGUCAAUAAUGCCUCUUUGAAGAAAAUCAAUUAAAGGCUGUUUACAUGCCGCUGAACCCUUGUGAGAAGUUAGGACACAGUCUAGGACAGAAAGAUGACAAGGGGAAGGACUGAGGGCCAUCUGAGAGCACAAGCUGUUGCUGCCUCUCAGAGGCACUGAAAUAUUGCAUGCUAUAAACUGCUUUGUGUAGCUGUUAUCACCUCUCACUUGAGACAUCACUCACUGGUAAAAUGUUUUUAUAAAUAAAUUAUAAAUAGCCAUCAUGGAGCCUGCUGGUUUCUAGAUAGCGACAGAGAGAAGCAGCAGUUCCUUCUCUGAGGAAAAAGAUACAACAGGAUGGUUUGAAAUCCAUUUCUGGCCCUUAAGAGAGAUGUGCCAAUGUUGGAAGACUGGAUUUUUUGUUGUUUUGUUUUGAGAUGGAGUUUUAUUGCCCAGGCUGGAGUGCAAUGGCGCGAUCUCAGCUCACUGCAACCUCCGCCUCUCGGGUUCAAGUGAUUCUCCUGCCUCAGCCUCCAGAGUAGCUAGGAUUACAGGCAUGCACCACCACGCCUGGCUAAUUUUGUAUUUUUAGUAGAGAUGGGAUUUCUCCAUGUUGGUCAGGCUGCUCUCGAAUUCCCAACCUCAGGUUUUCCGCCCACCUCGACCUCCCAAAGUGCUGGGAUUACACACGUGAGCCACUACACCAGGCUGGAAGACUGGAUUUUUGUUAACAGAUGACAGUUACAGAGUAAGAGUUGUUACUUAGUAUCUGAAGUUGAGGUUCAUUUCUGCAUACUGUCCCUUUUCCACUGACUACUAUAUCAUGAAAUAAGUAGUUGCUUAAUUUUAUAAAAUUAAUUUCCCCUGCCCAAGCAACAGUAAAAGCCAAACAAAACACAAAGAAUCAUGUCAAGCAGAACUUACGUAACAGUUCCCAAAGAAAACAAAGAAUACUUUUUUGUUAAUCCACAUUUCACUGAAGUUAUUUUGAGCUGCUCUUAGAGGAAACAGCCAGAAGUUUAAAAUGAGCAUGUUCCUUAGAACACACAACGGGAAGACAGUUUGGGAACAAAAAGCAUCAAGGUACAUAAAUGUUGGGGUUCUAAUUUAAAAUAUGAGCAUGGGUUUUAAAAGCUGGAAAAGUUGACUAUGAAUUCCAGCUCUACGACUAACUGGUCACUUGUCCUCUCACCUCUUUGCAACUCACUUUCCCAUCUGUAAGGUGAAGAUACUCACAUCUGCUCUAGCAGUUUCACAGGCUGCUAUGAGGUGCUAAUGAGAUCAUUUAAAAAUCCAACUAUCAUUGGUAUCUCAGUAAGAAUCUGGCAUUGGGAACUCAAAACACUGCAAGAUUCACGCGGGGAUCGUAAUUCUUGGCCAAAAAUUAAAAAAAAAAAAUCUAAACACCCCUCAAAAGACACUGAGCAUGAAAGUGGUCAGAUCUAGGUUUUAGAUACCAGGUUAUAACAUUUCUCCUAAGGAUGUAGUAUUCUCAUUUUAAUGAAACAUUCUCAGUAGUGGUGGUAUCCUGUCAUUUGUAAAGGAAACGGUGUAAAUGUUAAAACCCAGCCUGAACGUUUAUAUGUUGAAAAUGUGUAAGUUAAACUGUUGACUUAGAAAAGCUAUACCUCACAGUGAGAGAAAAAACUGACUAGCUUAGGCAGCAGUAUAUACAACACUGAUCAUUUUUUUUUAAAUCCUGGCAAUAUCCCAAGCUCUGGUACCUCUAGAUUGGACUACCUACUUAGAAGAUUAUUUACCCAAGUUUUGUUUUUAAUCUAAAAAGGAAUGGGCCUUCUAUUUAUAAAUAUAUAUGUUGGCUUUAGUUUCUAUAACCUGCCCUUUCAAAGAAAACAAUGAACGGAGAGGUAUUGACCAGGCAGCCUCAAAUGUACCUAAAAGUUCCCAAUGGCUUCAUGACAUCACUGCCACCUCACAGGCAUGACAAAGCCAGCGCCAGGCACAUUCCUCCUUUCCAGGAAGGUGUGGUUAAGUGUAAGUGGUGAAAGAAGGGAAACCAUUGCUUAAUGUCGCAAAGGAGACAGACUGUCCUAUGUUGUGCAGAAAGCUCCCACACCAGGUAGGCAAGCUGGUCGCCAGCAAGGCCCUCCUAUGAGCAUGACAGCCUGAAAGUGCAGGCAGGCCUUCAGCUCAACUAUUGGUAUAUGGAAAAUGAAAAAUGUUCUGUGAGAUAAGAAAUGUUUUGUGAUUUUUGUCAGAUUUGCUCCCAGUCCCCCAUCAGCUGCUUUUCCCUUGUAUAAAGAGAUCAAACGAAUGUACAGGAUCUACUCACAGGUCCCACAAGGAAGGUGGUUGGAAGAGUAACAGAUAAGGGUGUUGGGUGAGAAGAGUUGGACUGAGUCCAGAGAUUGAAAUUACAGGAAGCCCCAUUAGUCCAAAGCACUGAACUUGGUGUGGUGUUUCUGCCUUCUAGCCUCCUCCUCAUCUUCACCUUUCCCCCUCACCAAUGAUGCUUGGCUAAACCAGUAUAUCUUGUGUACUAAAGAAAUUGAAAAGCUUACCACAAAAGCAAAAGUAGCUUUCAUCCUUUUUUAUUUCAUAGUAUAUUUAUUAGAAUAAGAGAUUAGAUUUGUUAAACAUCUAGGUUAAAAUGGUUAAAAGGAUUUUCAUACAAUUUUAGGCACUAUACACGUUGUUUACAACAGCAUUGGUACUUGGAUAUGGGGAAAGAGAAAUCGGACAUUUUAAUGCCUUGAUCAAUUUGUGACAUUCAAAGUAAUUCCACCAUUUAAGAAACAUUAAUCAAAACUUAGAGACAUACCACUAAGUAUCCCACACAGUAUAUUGAAAAUAAAUAUAGAAAUACAACCAGAAGUCUACAGAUCACCACAGUAGACAGACUGGUGAAGCCCCAGCUAUCAUGGCAGUGAAGGGCUCUGGCUAGAUUUGGAUGUCAACUGCUGAAUUCUACAUGAAAAGCAAAUAAUAAUAAUAAACUAACAUGAUGUACACUCUCUGAUGCUCAUUUUCAUAGCAGCAAAGCAUGCUUCACAUGCACUGCCUGUGAAGGAUCUCACAAGGCUCCCUCCUAGAGAGAAAGUAUGCCCAGCAAGAAUAAAGUACCACCAAAUGUCAAAGAAUCCCGAAAAUACAGGCAGACAGCCAGUCAUGGAGCAGGAACAGCAGUGCAAUUGUAAGAAUGACUACCCACAUUCACCAAAAUUUCACUGUAAUUCAGCCUGGCACAGGUUUUGAUCAUCAGCAUACACAUAAAUAGCCCCAAGCACAAAGCCAAUCCACUUAGGGGAACAAUAAUAGUAAUAAGAAUAAAGACAGUAAUAUUAAAAAUGACAAGAGUAGAAUCUUGGCACAUGCUGUGUUCUUCAUCCUUUGUCACAGGUGAAAUGCACAUCUGAACAGAGACAGGCAUGGGAAGGAGGCCCAAAAGAGACAUGGCAAACCACUGGGCAGGGGACUUGCUCUUUGCUGCUUCCUGAACACUUAGACGCCAGCAGCAUGGGUUGGUGUGCUGGGCUGGUUAAGGCCGAUGGUGGAGCAGAGCCAACCUGCAAAAUCCACUUCCUCAGCAUCAGAUCUCUUGAUAAAAGCAUGAACCUGCAUGUAAGGAAAUGAGAGAACGUGGUGUUAAAAAGAAACAAAAAACAAAACAAAACCCACCAGGAAGGAAAAUCCAAGAGUUUCAGGUCUAGAGCUUGUGCUGCACUUGGAAAGAGCACCUGGCACCUGGCACCUGCCCCUGAGCAACAGUGGGGCCAGCUGCAGGCCCAAAGACCCGCUCCACCAUUCACAGCAGCUGUGAGGCCUUGGGCAAGUCACCUCUUGGAGUCUACUCUUGCAGUAUGGAGACAGUAACUCUGCCUUAAAUGCCUCACAGGCUUGUUACAAGGGACAAAGAAAAUGAUGGACUUAGUGCAUAUUAUACUAAAUACACUGUCUGUGGCUGUCCAGAUAUCUACAGUAUUACUUAGCUAUUCCCACUGCCACCAAACGAGACAGCAGGUGGAGAGUGACUCUGGAAGGAGGCUGAAUGUAAGGUGAGGCAGUCAGUAUUAGGGAAAGGCCCCAUCCCCAUGAAGGGGGUGGGCUGGCCUUUUCUUUCCUGUGGCCCCCUCAGACCUUUUCUCUGGCAUAUGCUUACUCAGGCUGCGGGGGUCACCCCAGCUUUCCCUUAAACUGAUGGGAGAGCAAAGGAGACUGGUGUUUGGUAUUCUGCAGCCCCAGGCUCAGCUGGACCACAGUGGGCAGGGAAUGAAUGGGCUCUGGAAGUACUGCACAGAUGACUGACAGAGAACAACAACAAAUCAAUAAACAGGUACUAUAAGAAUCUGGAAUAAACAGACUCACCAUGAGUUGCUUCAAA